GAUGCCUUGCGGCUUCUUCUCUUCCGUCGUUUCGGAGCUGUGGGCGAGGAAAAGGACUGGGCGGCAGCGGCUGCCAAAGCAGUGGCAGAUGCUCCAGAGGAGGUACCAGCCCACCGCGCCAUACGCUGCGCAGCUGCAGCAGCCUUUGGGCCAGCAAUUGCCACAAAGGAGGCAGCAAAGGCACUCGUGGCCGUGGCCGAAGAGGGCUGGGAGAAGGCAGCCGGGCGCCUGAUGCAGGCAGCUCCGGCAAUGGUGCCUUUGGGGGAGUGGCUCGCGUGGGAGGAGGUCUUUGCCGCCCAGGUCGGCAGCUUGCGAGAAUUCCUGCACCGGGAAGCGCCUGGGCUGGGAAUCUUCGCCUUCGAAGUCGACAGCGACUUCAUCAAGAUGGAUGCGGCAUCCGGUACAGCGGAGGCUUUCAGCGCUGCAUUGGCCGCGCAAGAUUCCACAAAGGCGGCAGAGGCCAUGCUCGCUUUGGUGCACAGCUGUGGUGGGCUGCAAUCCGGUCCUUUGCAGGUGCUGCAACCUGGGCUCCGCCAGGCGGCAGCUUCCUUGGGCGAGGCCUAUGCAGCGUUGAUGGCGCAGCUGCUGCAGCAGCUUCCAAGGCCGUUUCGAGAAAACACGGAGGUUUUACGAGCGGUGCUGGAACCACUUUCAACAGAAGCCGACCUUCAUCGAUUCGCGGAGGCCGCGCCGCUCUUGGCAGACAGGGCGGCGCUUCUUGGUGCCGUGAAGGCUCCCUUUCUCCUGCGCCGUGCUGCCGAGCGCCUGGCCACGGCCACGCGCACCGUGAAGGAGGCUCCGGCGACAUGGAACGGCGGUUCUGCCACCACCACACGCACGCAGCCUUCUACUACAAGGUGUGA